AGUCUGAACGAUGUGAAGUAAAUCGUUUCGGGGACGGACUGUUUUUUAUUGUACUUGUCUUCACGGUUCACUCCGGUGUCUUUUCCUCGGUGAGGUCUCGUCUCCCGUCGGCAUCGUGUCUCUCCCGGUGUCUCUCCCGGGAAGCGCGCAGCCGAGUCGUGCGAUGAUGGAGGACUUUGAUGAGAUCUACGAAGAGGAGGAGGAAGAGGAGGACGAGGACAGGGCCGCGGAGGAGCAGCUCCUUAAGUACGCUCCGGACCCGGUGGUGGUGCGAGGAUCUGGCCACGUCACUGUGUUUGGGCUUAGUAACAAAUUUGAGUCCGAAUUUCCUUCAGCACUUACAGGAAAGGUUGCCCCUGAGGAAUUUAAAGCCAGUAUCAACCGUGUCAACGGCUGCCUGAGGAAGACGCUGCCAGUGAAUGUGCGGUGGCUCCUGUGUGGCUGCCUCUGCUGCUGUUGCACGCUGGGCUUCAGUUUGUGGCCCGUCAUCUGCCUCAGCAAGAGGACAAGACGAUCUCUCGAGAAACUGCUCGACUGGGAGAACAGCAGACUUUACCACAAGUUGUGUUUGCAUUGGAGAUUAAGCAAAAGGAAGUGUGAAACCAACAAUAUGAUGGAAUAUGUCAUCCUAAUAGAGUUUCUACCUAAGAUCCCAAUCUUCAGACCGGAUUAGCCUGACUCAAGCUGAUCUUAAACCACCACCGCUGCCCAGCUCUGUCACAGAACCACAGUGGCUGUCAACACACCUCCCAAAUAUUACAAUUUUUGUUUACAGAGUAUCAAAUAUUUCGCUUUCAUCUUUGACUCGUUCUCCCACACAUACCAUAUCCACACUUAAACACCCUUGUUUACAAAUCCAGCAUUGGAGUCACCAUUGAACCAUGUUCUUUUGGACAAGAUGGCGCACCGUUAAGCCAUGCAACCCAGUGGCAGCCUGUGGAAAGUCGGAGGAGACCCAGCAAUGGGCAGUGUUAUUCCUUUUGGAGCCGGACCUGGAGACUGGACUCUUGAACUGAGUUCUAGGCUACAACUGGAACUUUUUUUCGCUUGUUUCUUCCCUAAUCCAAGCACAUGGCAUUGUCUGACCAUGGAGAAACAAACACUUUUAAUAUGUUGCUGACUUUCACGCUCCACCAACUUCACCUGCAAAAAAAAAUACACCCCAGUGCUUUUGAAACAGUUGGCUUUGGUGCUCUAGAUCCUUCCUAGAGGCUGUGGAGGCGACAUGACACGGAACUCCAGUGGAAACAUCUUCCACACAAACUCAGUAGUGGACUGACUACUGUCAAAGAAACAUGUUGGGCCAUUACCAGACAUUGUUUUCCUCUCAUCCCUGUCAUUUCUCUGCACACUUGGUGUGUCAGGCUAACCCAGUGACAAUCACACACUUUGACUGUACUCCCCCAUAAUAUGAAGGGGUCCUUAUGCUACACUGUUUACCUGGAACAGUUUUUUUUUUUUUUACUGUUCUGUGUGUGUCCAGGUGAUGAGCUGGCUGCCAGGCAACGGUUUCGGAGUCACAGUGGAACAAGUAAGCUUGGAGGCAGGCCCACUGUUGACGAUGAGAGGAAUUGUUGCUUUUAUUUUUAUUUAAAUUUUUUUUUUUUUUUUUAAUAUCUCAAGUUGUGUUUACUGUUUUUUGGUGAAAGGCAGGUAGUCAGUGCUUGUGAAGCCGUCUGUAUGUGUUUAUGUUUGUGUGUGUGAGAGCGCGUUUGAGACAGUGAAACUUAAGCAAAAAAGACAAAUCAGACAUUGAAGAGACACACUCACUCCGUCAAGCAGGGUUCUUUCUUUGCCAUAAAUGAUCUAUGUUACCUUUUUCUUGUAGUAAUUUAUAAGUGAGUGAGUGUGAAAUAGGCCUCAAUUGUGAUUUAUUUUUUUUUGUUUUGUUUUUUUUUCUUCAAACAUGCUCUGGUGGUUCCUUUGUCUCUGGUCAUGUGUCAACACUAAAGCACACUCUCGCUUUGUUCUUAACACCUUCACAUGGCCUCUCUUCUCUUUAUCUGCUGACAUUGGUUUACUUACAGUAUAUGUUCAAGUUAAGAAUGUGGAUAUGAUGAGAAAGUCCCUCUGUUUUGAGAUAGACUUAUAACAUUUAGAGGCCUGAGAUGACUAAGAUUAUUCAAUCCUCUUUAUUUGGUGUUUGCCAACACCAGUGGUCUGUAUUAUAAUGCAGGAUUACUCCAGUUAGCUUCAUAACUGCACUGAAUAAAAUCAGACUGUUCUGAGAUCAGGAA